AUGGGACGUUUCAUCAGGAAUCCCUACGUGGGAUACGAAGCGAAAGCAUCAGAGCAAGUUACCAAUGAAUGGUUGGAGCAAGCAAUCAAGACAGUUGCUGGAAAAAUCAUCAAUAGGGAUAUUGACGACGAAGAGAUGAGCGACUUCGGUCCUUAUACGGGACUAUCAGGUGUGGCAUUCGCCCUAAACAAAGCAGCGCCUAUUGUUGGACCGAGCGCCACAUCUACAGCAGAACAACUUUGGCAGUAUUGCAUGCGUGGAUCGCGAAGAUCCUCCUCCAAGCAAGCUCGCUUCUUGUGCGGAGAUCUCGGCGUGUAUGUAACACAGAUGAGCAAUGCGGAUUUAAGAGAAGAUCUUGUAUCCAAGAUCGAGAAGAUAUCUGAUGUGCUAGCUAGGGAUGACUAUCCUAGCGAUGAGAUUUUGGUUGGACGAGCAGGGUUCUUGAGUGGCGUUCUUUGGAUCAGACAAACGAUUGAUCCAUCACUCGUGUCGAAUAGUGCUGUACAGAAGGUGCUGUCAGCCAUGAUUCUAUCAGGAAAAAGGUACUCCUCACGUCAUAAGUCACCAUGUCCGCUGAUGUAUGACUACCAUGGCACGGAAUAUCUUGGUGCAGCUCAUGGACUUGCUGGAAUACUCCAGACGGCAUUAGGCUUCCAUGACUUUCUCUCCGAUUCUGAUGAACGUGCCGUUAGGGAGUCUGCCGACUGGUUGCUUUCGACACAGGAUGAUGAGGGUAAUUUUGCCAGCAGUGUUAAGUGGAUUGGAAGGGAGCGUGGUGAUGACCAGCUUAUUCAUUGGUGUCACGGAGCUCCUGGUGUUAUAUUGCUUUGUCUGACGAUGUGGAAACGCUAUGGAGAGCAGAAAUAUUUCAAGGCAGCCUUACGAGCAGGCGAUCUCAUAUGGAACAAAGGUGUGCUGAAGAAAGGUCCUGGCAUAUGUCACGGAGUAGGCGGAAAUGGUUAUGCUCUUCUGAUGUUAUACCGUGCAUGUGGGGACGAGGAAUGGUUGCAACGAGCACGAUGUUUUGGUCUUAUGAUUCUCGACAACAACAUUCGCUCUGCCCAGAGAACACCAGAUUCUCCAUUCAGUCUGUUCGAAGGGCUGUCGGGAGCGCUUUGCUUCCUUGUCGAUCUUCUUCCCGAAAACAUUGACAGGGCUCAGUUUCCUUUGUACCCUGUGCCCUUCUAA